AAAUUUAAUGGAGACUGUAUAUAGCGACAGCACUUCAAACAUCCUUCCACUAUAGCUAGACGUCCUACAGAUUGGCUGGGAAUAACGAGAAGACGCGUUAGACGAACACGUGCCAUCAAUUUAUUUUUAUUUAGUGUGUGAAAUCAGUGCCAACACCAUGGGAGUUCUAUAUAGUACUUAUUACUACUACACAACCAGGACAGAUGACCCAGACCCCACCACCACACUAACAUCCAGAGAAGUAUACUUAGUCCAGUCCUCAUGGGCCCCAAUGAAGAGAGACCUAACAGCCAACGGCGUCAAACUCCUCCUCUUCUUGUUCGAGAAAUUUCCAGAAGAACAGCAACACUUCCCCUUUAGAGACAUACCAUUUGAAGAACUUGGCGCAAGCAAAAAAUUCCACGCUCAUUGCAGCAACGUGAUGUACUCAGUAGACUCAAUAAUCGACAGUUUGGGAGACGCCGAACUCCUUGUCAACAUUUUGCAAAAAAUUGGAAGGAAUCAUCACAGAAAUUACGUGAAGCCUAUUUCGUUUUGGCAUGUGAAAGAAACUAUGUUGGAACUUUUCUCAACAUAUAUGAGUCAAGAAACAAUUGCUGCUUGGGAUAAGUCGUUGCAGGUCGCUUUUGGAGUGGUGGGGGCAGAAUUAGACAAGAAGCAUUAGAUAAUUGUGUAAUUUAUUGUAUUGUGUCUAUGUUAGUAGAUUUGUUACUUUUUUAAAAGUGUGACUAAUAUUAGGUAUUAAUCGCUGUACCUACUUGUAUAGUAUGUGUUAAUGUUAAUGACGAGUUGUGUUAUGUUUAUAGAACGAAAUGGGCUAUAAAAGCUUGUUGAUACAA